CGCGUCAGUUCACAAACAGCCCGCUCUUUCCACACGCUCGCUGUCUCAUCCUCGACACGUCCACACGUUAACCACGCAUACUAACUUACCUCAAUCAACAAUGCCGUCACCGCCGCCGCUCUCGCAAGACGUGAAGCGCAAAGCCGCGCGCGAAGUCAUCGACAUCCUGCACGAAAUUGCGACACUUCUCAAUACACAUCUCGACCGUCAACAACUCUCGUAUUGCGUUUCGUUGAUCGAGAAUGGCGCGAAUCCUGAGGCAUUGGCGAAAGUGAUCCGAAAGCUGCGGUCUGAAUACGAUCCAUCUUCCGGUGAGGGCGAAGUAGAUGGGGAGAUGACAGGAAGUACACAUCUAAAGCCUCAAACACAGCGGAGUGGACAUCGUAAAAGCCCUGCUAGCUAAGGAGCAGCAGUUCUUCCGACCAAUGCACAAUUUUAAUGCACCAGGCUGGGCCUGAAAGAUUGAUCCUCUUAUCUAAAUACGGAAGC